CGUACUCCUAUUUUAUCACCUUUGAAGUUUGAACACCUUAAAAACACACACAAAGCAAUCCAACACGCACCUACUUCUCCACCAACUCCAAACACCCACCCUUAUUUACUCACUAUAUAUAUAACAUCAUAUAUUAUAUAUAUCAAACACAUAAUACAUACAACUCUUCAUACAUCAAUUUCACGAGCUCGAACUCAAGACCUCUGGUUGAUAUAUACGUACGUACAAGCUUAGUGUUAAGGGGUUGGUAAUAAUAAUUAUGUACCGGUUGAGUAACACCGUAAUAGGUUUCCUAAACCUAUUUUCACUGCUAGCAUCAAUCCCCAUCAUCGGAGCAGGGCUAUACAUGGCAAAAGACAGCACAACAUGCGUGAACUUCCUGCAAACCCCGUUGCUCGUAGUUGGCUUCAUUAUACUCAUCAUAUCCCUAGCAGGGUUCAUUGGUGCGUGUUUUCACGUAGCAUGGGCUCUAUGGGUGUACUUGGUAGUGAUGUUGCUACUCAUUGUUGUUUUAAUGAUAAUAACCGUGUUCGGUUUCAUAGUCACAACUCAAGGAGGUGGUGCUCAAAUCACAGGGAGACUUUAUAGGGAGUUUCACUUACAAGAUUAUUCCCCUUGGUUAAGGGAUAAGAUUACUAAUCCUAAGUAUUGGAAUAAUAUUAAGGGUUGUAUUAUGGGCUCUAAGACUUGUGCUAAGGUUGCUGCUUGGACUCCUGUUGAUUACCUUAGGAAUGAUAUGACUCCUGUCCAGUCAGGAUGCUGUAAGCCACCAACAUCAUGCACAUACGGGCAAGAACCAGUGACAAUUGCACAAGAUCCGGAUUGCUACAAAUGGAACAAUGAUCCGAAUUUGUUAUGCUAUGAGUGUGAUUCUUGCAAGGCAGGAGUACUUGAGUCCAUAAGGAGGGAUUGGCACAAACUAUCUGUCCUCAACGUAGUUAUGCUUAUCUUACUCAUAGGCAUUUACUCCAUUGGUUGUUGUGCGUUCCAAAACACCCGUCGGGGUGAAACCGAUUACCCAUAUGGCCAUAACCGCAUGACCAAAGUCCGACCCAGAUGGGACUUCUAUUGAUCUCUUUUCACUCUAGAGGUGGAGAUGGUGGCGUGAUAGAAGAGAUCAACUUUGGUAGUCUAUUUAUCAACUCUUUUUAAGGCUUUCUUUUUUGUGUUAGUUUGUUGGAGCCAAAGGUGGUGUUAUUUGACAUGUUUGUGCAUGUUCUUGGUUGCUAUUUCUUGUACAAACUAAGGGUUAACCCUUUUCUCCUGCUAAGCUUGUAUCUAUUUAGAUAGGGUUGUAUCUAUUUUGGCUUAUUGUUCUUCGAUCUAAGGUCGUGAUCUCUGCAACUUAAGAUUAAGUUAUAAUCAGUAAAACUACGUAAAAUUUAUCGUGACA